AUGGAUAGAAUCCCGGACCUUUCAAAAGAAUCAUAUUUUCCACCUGGCUGGAAUGAUGACGAAAAAAUGUCGAAUCUCCUAGCAGCUUUCAAGAGCAGGGACUUAAACCCGCAGAAUUACGAUGCGAAAAUGAAUUUCUGGGUUGAAGCAGUAGAAAGCAGUUGCCGCCGACUAUGCAACCCUGUCAUCACCUGUCGAGAAUUGAAAGCGCGGUUCCGGCGGAACACUCAGAUUCCCGCUGGUAUGAUUGACGUCAUAAAGCAUAUGUGCAGGGUUGGAAAACUGGUGCCGCAGAAGGUCUUUGAAAACAGGAACCAGGGAUGGAUGUCGUGGGCCAUCGAGAAGCUGAUCAAGAACCCCUAUUGCUACUUCUUCAACUAUCGUAGCGAUGACCAAGACGAUGUAAACGCUGCCUACGUUCUUCCGGAAAUCCUUCAGGACAUCUCAGACAAAGUGAUGGAGGUCAGACAAAAUGCCGAUAUGAAAAGCCCACUUUACGAUGAUCUCGUCAGCAUGCGGGUAUUCCAAAACGCCGUUAAGCCGUACUGUGCGAAUGAAAAAGUCUUCGAUAUGGUCGUUCAGAACCUGAUAUACAGAAAACAGCUGACAAUCGGAGUUUCUGGGCAAGGCGAAAAAAUAGUGAAAUUCAAGGCUAGAAACGAGAACGGACCCGUGAAAAUCACCGAUCUCGAUCGAACGGUUCACAGCAUGAAAGGGGUCGUCGAGAAGUUGGAACAAGAGAUGCUGAUCCUUGAAGAGCAGGCCAACAGACUUGAAUCCGAAGCUAGGAAACAGAUUCAAAUGAGAAAUCGUACGAAAGCGAAGACGUACCUUCGACAGAAGCAGGUGGUAACGAAGCGACUGAAUGACCGAGAGAAAGCUUAUUCAAAUAUGCUCUCGCUGAUCGAUCGAUUGACGCAAAGUGAUGACAACAAAGUGGUAAGCUAUCUGCUUUCAUUUAGCUUGUCUUUUUGAUU